AUGAGUGCUAGGGAGCUGGUGACCAGUGGUUGUGAAAUGCAGUGCAUCAGGGGGAAUAUGGAUGGACCAGACGGCAGUACACAGAGAAUCACUAUGGUGACAGCAAUCAGGGGGCUCAUGGGAGAGGGGCUUGGUCAUAGAGGAAGGCUUGAGAGGCAGCUGACUGAGGAAUCAGCCCUCACUCUGGAUGAUUCAACUGACAGCUCCCCCUCCGGGCUCUGCCGGACCAGCCGUCCCCAGAGAACGCCGCCUUUACAGAACGGGGAUGUGGCAAGUCGGCAGCCCUUUUCUGAGGGAGAAGGAAAAAAUGGAACUGAAGCCAAGAUAGCACAACAUUGA